AUGAAGUUCCUUGUGGUUCUUGCACUUUGCGUUUUGUCCGGUUGCAAUGCCAACAUCGUGUGGCAGGAGCAGCCCAAGCAGCAGCUGGACAUGGUGAAAGAUGCUUUCUGGGACUACGUGGCCAAGGCAACGCUCACCGCUGAGGACUCUCUGGAGAAGAUCAGACAGUCGGAGCUGGGAAAGGAAGUCAACGCCCUGAUCGUGGAGAGCACCGAUGCCGUCAACAAGUUCAGCGACGCCCUGCGCACUCAGGUGACUCCUCUGACCCAGAACCUCCUGACUCAGCUUUCCCAGGAGGCCGAGCAGCUGAAGGCCCGUCUGGAGGAGGACCUGAGCGGCGUGAGCGCUAGCCUGAGUCCCUUCGCCGAGCAGCUGAGAGCGGACCUGCAGAGGCAGGUGGAGGAGCUGAGGAGCGAAGUGGCCCCCUAUGCCGAGUCCAUGGACCCCGAGGCCAUGAGGGUCGCCCUGCUGCAGAAGAGCCAGCAGCUGAAGGAGAGCCUGGACAGGAGCAUGGAGCAGCUGCAGGCCCAGAUGGUUCCCUACACCGAGGAGCUGAGGCAGAAGAUGGAGCACAGCCUGGAGGAGUUUCAGAGCAGCAUGGUCCCCCUGAUGCAGAACUUCCAGAGCCAGAUGGUCCAGAAAAGCCAGGAGCUCCAGCAGAACCUGGCCCCCUUUGGAGAGGAGCUGAGGACCAAGCUGGACGUCAACACCCAGAACCUGAAGGAGCAGCUGACCGCCCUCUGGGAGUCCUUCACCAAAAUGACCCAGUAAAACGACUUCUCGAUCCCAUCCAAACAGAGCUAGGAAC